CCGGCGUCUGCCCGGCCUUGCUCCGCCUCUUCCCCAGGAGGUUUUCAGCGAAGCAGCAGCUGAAGCCACGUUAUCCAGGCCCGGCGAAGCUCGCUGCAUUUGAGCGGAAUAAUGGCUGGCAAUGCAGAGCGCACAUUCAUUGCCAUCAAGCCUGAUGGAGUCCAGCGGGGAUUAAUAGGUGACAUUAUCAAGCGAUUUGAACAGAAGGGUUUUCGUUUGGUGGCUAUAAAAUUUUUGAUUCCUUCUGAAGAACUUCUCAAACAACACUACAUUGACCUGAAAGAUAGGCCGUUCUACCCUGGUUUGGUUAAAUACAUGCAUUCUGGGCCUGUAGCAGCCAUGGUUUGGGAAGGCCUCAAUGCUGUGAAGACAGGCAGAGUAAUGUUGGGGGAAACUAAUCCAGCAGAUUCCAAGCCUGGAACUAUCCGUGGUGACUUCUGCAUUCAAGUGGGCAGGAACAUCAUUCAUGGCAGUGACUCUGUGGAGAGUGCUCAAAAGGAGAUCAACCUGUGGUUCAAGCCUUCGGAACUUGUGGACUUCAAAUCUUGUGCUCAUGACUGGAUUUAUGAAUAAAAUAAACCUUACGAGUUUGCCUUUUUCCAACGAUGCAUCUUAGUCUGGCCACAUACUGACGUGAGAGCAAAUAUUAUGGUUACUUUUGUGAUUAUUGGCAUUGACAAAUAAAACAUCAUGAACUAA